UGCACUGCACUUGUGUUCCCCUGUGUUCUGUGUGUGCUGGGUGAGUUCUGAGCGUUCCAAUGGUGGAGCUGUUGGCCACCAUGGCAAUCGAGCCAUUGGUGUCCAAGCUGAUGGACAAGGCAUCCAGCUACCUCCUGGACCAGUACAAUGUAAUGGAGGGAAUGGAGGAGCAGCACAAGAUUCUCAAACGCAAGCUUCCGGCCAUCUUCGACGUCAUCGCCGAUGCCGAGGAGCAGGCCACGGCACACAGAAAAGGUGCCAAAGCCUGGCUCCAGGAGCUCAAGACAGUGGCCUAUGAGGCCAAUGAAGUCUUCGACGAAUUCAAGUACGAAGCACUCCGCCGUCAAGCCAAGAAGAAGGGGCACUUCAGAAAGCUUGGCUUCGAUGUAAUUAAGCUCUUCCCUACUCACAACCGUAUUGUGUUCCGUUACAAAAUGGCCCGCAAGCUUUGCCAGAUUCUGCAGGCCAUUGAGGUCCUCAUAGCAGAGAUGCAGGUCUUUGGGUUCAAGUACCAACUCCAGCCGCCAGUCUCCAAACUAUGGAGGCAGACAGAUUAUGUUAUCUUAGACCCACAAGAAAUUGCCAGCACAUCAAGAUACGAAGAUAAGAAGAAUAUUGUUGGUAAACUACUUGGUGAAGCUGGCAAUUCAGAUCUUGCAGUUAUUCCCAUCGUAGGAAUGGGGGGCCUUGGCAAGACCACAUUAGCACAACUCAUAUACAAUGAACUUGCAAUUCAAGAACAUUUCCAGUUACCGAUUUGGGUCUGUGUCUCUGAUACUUUUGAUGUGAACUCGGUGGCCAAGAGUAUAGUUGAAGCAUCUCCCAAGAAAAAUGGUGAUACAAGCAAACCACCACUUGAUAGGCUUCAAAAAUUGGUCAGUGGACAGAGGUAUCUUCUUGUAUUGGAUGAUGUCUGGAACAGAGAUGUCCAGAAGUGGGAAAGCUUGAAGGUCUGUCUUCAGCAUGGUGGCAUGGGUAGUGCAGUGUUGACAACAACUCGUGAUGAACACGUUGCUGAAAUUAUGGGUGCAAAUAGAGCCUACAAUCUCGAUGUUUUGGGUGAUAGCUUCAUAAAGGAAAUUAUUGAGGCACAAGCAUUCAGUUCAGAGGAAGAGAAGCCUACCGAGCUACUCGAGAUGGUUGGUGAGAUUGUGAAGAGAUGUCGCGGCUCUCCUUUAGCUGCAACUGCACUGGGCUCUGUACUUCGUACCAAGACCAGCGUGAAAGAAUGGAAGGACAUAGCAUCUACAAGCAGCAUUUGCACCGAGGAAACUGGAAUCUUGCCCAUACUCAAGCUUAGCUACAAUGACUUGCCACCCCACAUGAAGCAAUGCUUUGCCUUUUGUGCCGUAUUUCCCAAGGAUUACAAGAUUGAUGUGGCAAAGCUGAUCCAACUAUGGAUCGCAAAUGGCUUUAUUCCAUAACACAAGGACGAUAGUCUUGAAACCGUUGGCAAACAUAUUUUUUAUGAGCUUGCCUCGAGGUCAUU